AUGAAGCUUUCUCAAUCAAUUUUUCUCGCGGCUAUUGCCAGCCUUACAGCUUCCACCACUGCCUACUCGACCAACGAAGCCAUACAACUCAACUUCUACUCCGACUCCCAGUGUACAAAGUACAUAGGAGAGUCCGAUCAUGCCUGGCCUUACCUCGACGCGGAUCCUAGUUUCCCCGAGGAUACGUGCCUUAAAUUCUCCCAACCUUCUGGAACGGCUAGCCUCAAUCUUGCUGGGGCCUAUUUUUACGGCAGCAGCACUCCGGUUGCGGCAUAUUGCACUUUGUAUACCGGGUUUUCCUGCGAUGGAGGGGAACAGGCCACUACAGUUUACCAUCAAUCUGGUCGUGGGUGUGUGUCAACCCGAUCUCCUCAAGGCAACUAUCUCUGGAAGAGCGCUAGAUGCUACUUUGGCACGGCUUAG